CUUCAGCUUUUACAAAAAAAAAAAAAAAAAAAAAAAAAAAAAAGUUUGAGGAAAAAACACUGCCUGCAAAACACUUAAUUUUUAAGAUUAAAAAUGUGGCCUGAAAAAAAAGAACAAAAAAACCCAGACUUCUCAGAAAGUAAAUAGGUAAAAGUGAAAAGCAGAGUGAUGGAGAUCCCAGCCUGUAACAAGCACCCUCCAGAGGGCUCAGAAAGAUAAACUGUACGUGUUUAGAUUACUGACAUUGCCUACACCAAUAUGACUAUGGAGUAUAACUUACUGUUUGUUUCCUUUGUGUGCCCCCCCCCAUUACACCCAUUUUGACUUCUCUUUGGGCUCUGUCCAUAAGUCUCCACUGGAGACAAGGGUAAAAAUAUCAGUUUUGUUUCAUUUUAGUGCGAACUAUUACUUUCAAUGACCGGGAAUGUUUUUUAUAUGUUGAAAAUGGAUGUCUGUAUCCAAACUGGACUUCUGAUGCAGUUAGUUCCAGCUGAGGAUCUGGUUUUACAUCUUUCCUGUAUUUAUUAGUGACUCUCGACUGCUGGGCUCCAGAGUGACCAGCUCUGCAGAGCAGUGAAGCCAUGCAUGUCUAGGAGGUGAAGGAGUGAAAACAGUGACUAUGAACUAGUUAAUUGUCAUUCAACAAGGUGCUUGGCUGUCAUCAGUCAUGGUGUCAAGUGAAAUCUCAGUGCUCAGCUGUCUUCAGUGCCUUUUGUCUAGAAAGGCUUUUCCCAUGGUUAGCUUGGUCAGUGCAGACUGAACGACAGUGUAAUUUGUUUCCCAGCUGAAGACCUUCCAAGUCAUUCUUUAUACACUAUCUACAGAGAAACAUUAGACAAAUGUAAGGAAAAACUGUUCACUUAAAAGUUAUGAAGAAAAAUGUUUUCCAACCACUGGCCUCUAAAGAGCACUCCUUAGCAUUAGAAACCACCCAAUAAAAUAAAUUACAAGAUGUCUUUGCAUUUUCAUGGUCAAUAUCAUCCUUCUAACGAACUUUGUCCUGAGCUUUGCUGCAGAGGCCAUGGGCUGCUGGAAGCCAGAGAAAAGCAACACCUGGACUUUUCCCACCCUGAUCCUCUGCUUCUAUGGAUUCUUCUGCAUGAUGAAACCAUCAGAACCUUUCCUAACCCCCUAUUUAACAGGACCAGAUAAAAAUCUGACCAUAGAUGAGGUUACCAACCAGAUUUUCCCUGUUUGGACAUACUCCUACCUUGCACUCCUUGUCCCAGUCUUCCUGAUCACAGACUAUGUGCGCUACAAGCCCGUCCUCCUCCUCCAGGGCAUCAGCUUCAUCACCACGUGGCUCUUGCUCCUCUUUGCACAUGGAGUGGUGGCCAUGCAGGUGGUGGAAUUCUUCUACGGGAUGGUGACAGCCACCGAGGUCGCCUACUACGCCUACAUCUACAGCGUCGUCAGCACCGAGCACUACCAGAGAGUGACGAGCUACUGCAGAAGUAUCACUCUUGCUGCAGCCACCGUCGCUGCCGUGCUGGGACAGCUGCUGGUUUCCUUAGCAGAUGUAUCCUACUUUCACCUUAACGCCAUUACUUUGGCUUCCGUGUCCCUGGCAUUCCUGUGCUCCUUUCUGCUCCCAAUGCCUCAAAAGAGUAUGUUCUUCCACAGGAAAGGCAUCCCAGGAACACUCCCAGGCCCAGAUAAAGUUGUGGCUACAGCUGACUUGAGGUGCCAAGAGGACCAGGGCUCUGCACCUGCUGGCAGGGGACCAACACCUGAGCCACAGGCUGACCAUGCCAAGCCCCAGAACCACGUGCUCAGAGUACUGGUGCAGCUGGGCAAGGACUUGAGGGAUUGCUACAGCUCAAGGAAACUUCUGUACUGGUCCCUGUGGUGGGCUCUGGCUACAGCAGGCUUUAACCAGGUUGUGAAUUACAUCCAGGUGCUGUGGGACUUCAGAGCUCCCUCUCACAGCUCUGCUGUGUACAACGGAGCUGUUGAAGCAAUAGCAACUUUUCUGAGCUCAGUAACAUCUUUUGUAGUACAAUAUAUGAAAAUUAACUGGGACCUUUUUGGAGAACUGGCUUUGGGAAUUUUCUCUGCAAUAGAUGCUGGUUCUCUAUUUCUCAUGCACUUUACUACCAACAUCUGGGCAUGUUAUGCCAGCUAUCUCAUUUUCAAAGCAUGUUAUAUGCUCCUCAUAACAAUAGCAACGUUUCAGAUCGCAGUCAAUCUGAGCAUGGAGCGCUAUGCCUUGAUGUUUGGAUUUAACAACUUUGUUGCGCUGGUGAUUCAGACCAUUCUUACAGUAGUCGUCGUGGAUUCAAAAGGCCUGGGACUGGGCAUAGUGACUCAGUUUUUAAUUUAUGGCAGUUACUUUGCAGUCAUAGCUGGGAUUUUCUUGAUCCGAAGCAUAUGCAUGCUUGUCUCAAGCAAAUGCCAAAGGAAACUAGCAAGGUCUUGCAAAGAUCAUCGGAACCACGCUGAACACCAAUCCAAAGAGCAGAUUGUAACUGGCUACACGACGUGGCUGUAGGAGCCAGGCAGACAGGCUCAGGUGGCCAGGCCCUCAUGGGAGAAGAGCUCCUACCGCAGCACGCAGGGAACGGCAGCGCAAGAUGAAGGUACAACACAGCCCUGAAAAGCUGCGCUGAAUCAUUACCGCGCUCAAUUACAACAUAUGCCAGCCAAGAGAUCACCAGCGUGGCACUGUGCCAAGACAGAAAAAAAGAUAAGUUGCCUUAGAUUCUUAUUCACUUGCCUAUAAAUAGCUUAGCAGCAGUAAUUUAUACACAAGAACCUACCACCUUGGCAUCCCGCCGUGCACAGUGGCAAGGACCGGAGCUCACCCUGCCUUGCUUUUUCCAGCUCUGGUGGGCAGUGUUAUCACGCUGCUGCCACACGCAUUUGCUCAUGCAUGUGGGUGAAGGAUCUAUCCCCCUUUGCACAUCUCUUCUUCUGAACCAAGGAAGAAGAGAUUGUGUUUGCAUCGUAAUAUUCUUUUCUAAGGACAGGCGAUUCAGUGGCAGACUCCUCCCUUCCAAUUUAAAAGCCCAUGUCAGAAACGGGCCUUUUGCACACAAUGGUGCAGAAAAACAGGGUUUGCAUAACCUGUUUUAGAAGGUUCACUAAAACGCUGCUAAGCCACAAUUGUUGUUUGGCCCACAUUUGAAAGCUGCAACCUACCCACUGCACUGAGUCCACAGCAAUCACAGCCCAGCAGGGAAAAACUUCAGACUCAAAACAAAAUUAAAGAGCCCCACUCUUUCCUUGUGCAUCCAGUAAAAUUUAAUUCAGAAAUGAGUGUCUUCCUGUUUCAACAGGCAAAUAAUAAAAUAUAUAAAGUGAGUAGUGUGCACUGAGACCAGAGAAGUGCACUGUGGGUAAAUUUGGCUGAUUCUACACACAGCAAAAUUCCAGAGUAACCUGAAUAUCCAAGAAGACCUAUCGCUGAAACAAAAAACUAGCAUCACGUGUGCUUUUGACUGCCAAAUGAGGAGGUCCACUGAUCUUGGCCAAGAAUUUGGCCAGGUCAGCAUCUCAGAAUUUAUCAAGAAGCCUCAACCGCUAUGGAUAAUUUAGUCCAGCACAAAGGACGGUCCAGGAGAAGAAAAAAGACUGAGGUUGCCUAUUGCAUGCCUAAUUUUAUAAGCAUUAUAUCCAUACAUUAAAGUUAUUUCUAUACUGCU